AUGUUUAAACCGCGCGUGCUAGCGCCUCUCCGAGCGCUGGAGCGAGCCUUUACCCCAAUCCGGUCGACACACUCGCACACCCAACCGCAAUCCCUCCUGCGAACACUCUCCGCAUCCACAUUCCCGAAAACAACCCCAACGCCAUCUCUCUCUCGCACUCUCCUCCCAUUCUCACAAGUGCGUUACGCCUCACACGCCUCCCAAGGAACAGCCAAUCGACACUCGCGUGAUCCCGCCGGCAAGCGUCUCGGAGCGAAGCGCUCGGGCGGCGAGUACGUGGUACCGGGAUGCAUCAUUUUCCGGCAACGCGGAUCCCUCUGGUUCCCUGGUGAAAAUUGCGGCAUGGGUCGUGACCACACCAUCUACGCAACCCAGGCCGGCUACGUCCGCUACUACCUCGACCCGCAGAAGCACUCGAAGCGCCGGUUUAUCGGAGUUGUUUUCGACAAGAACGAGCAACUCCCGCACCCGCGUAAUGCGCCCAGCCGGCGUAAGCUGAAUAUGGUUGAUGUGCCGAUUCAGGCGAAGGUUGAGGGCCAGUCUGAUCUCAUUGCUUCUGUUGAUGAGAACGGUGUCCAAGUGUCGGAUGUGCAGGCUGUUGAUGCCGCUACCGGCCUCCAACUGCGUCCUGGUUACAUGUUCCGUGAGGCCAAUUGGGAGAUUGGUCGUGCUGCUGAGAAGGCGGGCAUCACCUCCCAGGGCUAUGACCGCCGCAACCGGUGGUUGGCAUGGAGGAAGCGUGAGAAGAGAGCCGAGCGGGCUGCUCAGAUGAAGAGUAUGAAGGGCAAGAAGAAGACGGGCAAGAAAUAA